UGAUUUUCGAAAAUCAGAUGCACGCUUUCGAACAACAGUAGCUGUCAAAUUCGAUAAGCACGUUGUUUUGACAUCUCAGCGCAAUUCAAUCAAGUGUAAUUUCAAUGGUAAUGGUGUAAGUUGUUUUUAGUAACCGAACGAAAAAAAAGCGAGCAGAAAACAUGUUUCUAAAAGUGAUAUCGGCCAAUUUGAGAGGCUCGAUAUGCAGUGCCAUAGGUGCUACAUCAAUACAGACAUUGCCCGUGUCACGAAGUAAACUACUGCAAUCAAUCACAAUUCGUAGUCCAUUGUUACAGUAUUCAACCGAAAAAUCCGCUUCAAGUCUUUCAAAAAGUGCGACCAUCUCCACAGCGGGCAAUAAAAAUGAGCGCUUCUCAGAAGAAGAGAUAAAAGUUUUGAAUAAGGAUCCAGACAGUUUUGGAACGUUAUCAUCUGUUAAGCCACUCAUGCAGGAAAAACCGAUAGAUCAAUCGGAACCCGAAGAAAAAGCAGUUUCAAACCAAAAACCAUCGAAUCGAAAAUCGAUCGAAGAAUAUGAAAAAUUGAUAACAAAUGUGAUCAAAGAGAAGGGUGUGCGGGAAGCGGUUCGAGUAUUCGAAGAUGAAAUGCUUCAAACGGAUCGAAUUUUGGCGCCAGUGAGAAUUUAUGAUUGGCUCAUUGAUGAGUGUUUGCGUUUCAAUCAUUAUGAUAAAGCUUUCGAUCUAUACGAACAAAUGGUGAACCGUGGCUUGAAAAUCUCCCUUCCAACCAUUGAGAAACUAACACUAGCCUUUGAAUUAUCGAGCCUAAGUAUUAAGAAAGUGAAUAGUUUAAGAAAAAUUCUGUCCAAAUACAAAUAUGAAGCCAGCCCAACAAUCUACAACGCAAUGAUUCGAAUUCAUAAUCGCGCCAAACAAUGGCCAACUGGGUUUGAAUUGGCCGAAGAAAUGGUACAACGUAAAAUUGACUACGAAUUCGAUACGAUAAAUUCGAUGCUUGAAGUCUGUAAAUAUGAUCAAAACAAUGGAUUCAAUCGGCUUGUGGAGCUUUGGCAUCAGAUGCACCAAUUGGGAUAUACACCAAACAUGCACACUCUUAACGCAAUUUUGAAUGCAGUGCACAGGUGUGAAAUCAACGAUGCCGAUCAACUUUUGAAAACAGUGGAAUCAAUCAAGACAAAAUGGAAGGCAGCUUCACAAGAAGCCAGUUUAAUCGAGAAUAAUGAAAAUAUCAGAAUAGAAAAUGACUCGAUAAAUGAUGGAAGACCCAAUUUAUUAAAAAUUCCUCCAAAAAUCGGCCGAUUAUUUCCACUGAAGAAUGCAAUCAAGCCCGAAGAACGUUUACUCAUUCUGGGUGGCAUGACUGGAAUCUUGGAAAUGAUGAGAGUUUACGAAAUUUCGCCCACACUUGAUACCAUCAAAUCACUGUUACAAGUCGCACCAAACACGUUAAUCGCCCAACAAAGAGCCAUCCGUUUAUUGAAAAAACACAAUCUUCUACCCGAUUUGCACGUGUUCACUAUAUUGCUAACGAAAGCUUGUGCCAGACAACACUUCAGAGAUGCAUUGGAAAUCAUUGAAAUGAUGUACACACUUGGCGUAGAAGUAGAUCUGGUGAGCUAUGGGCUAUUGUCGAUGACCUGCAAGACAGCCGAAGAGGCUGAGGAGUUUUUCGCUGAAGUCGAACGAAACAAUGUGAAAAUGGAUGAAGACAUCAUGAAUGCCAUGUUGAAAAAUGCUUGCGGCACUGCGAAUAACAAUUUCGUGAUAAGCAUUCUUCGUAAGAUGCAAUCGAAACAAGUUGAACCGCAGGAAGAGGCAGUCAAACUAUUGGAAGAAUAUCAGCAGCAAGUGUUCCGAGAUUUGCGCGCACAGCGAGUGCACAGCAAUCAAACCAGAAAUGAAUGCUUUAAACUAACACGAGAAUGCAAGCAAUUCUUAAAACAUUUUCGGCUAGACAAGCGUUUGCAGAACGAACAAUCGAAACAGAUUAAAGCGCCAGUCAAAGUUGAUCAUCAGCCAAAAAAAUACAAACAAAAGUCAUCAAUAUGAACGAAAUUGAAACCGCAAAAAAUGAAUAUUGAUGAAUUGGCGUAACCUUUUGUGAUGGAAAUGGCAGAAACAACAGAAAAAAUCACAAUCGUUUAAAAUUUUGUCAAUGUUUAUUUUAUUAGUGAAGAAAAUACAUUUAAUAUAACAUUCAAAAUAUAUUUUAGAAAUGUAAAUAUAUCUAUGUCAUAAAAACACUCAAUAAAUUCGAGAGAAAAACAAACGAAAAA